UGACUUCAACUUCACAUGUUGACAGCAGACACUUUUACUUUCCGUUUUGCUUGGUAGCCUCUCAGCUUCCUGCCUGAGAAGCUCCAGACUUCUCGUUUCCGUUAAUCAGAAAUCACAUCUGCUCUCAUUUCUCCUCCUCCCCAUGACAUCACACGCCUGCUUUCUGGAAGGGGACUGCAGUCUGUAAUCCCAGUUAGAGCCACAUUCUGACAUGCGAGUGACUUCACUCAGGAAUCCGCAGGCUGCAGUGGCUGCAGGAAGUCCGAGUCCAAGAUCUCUUAGCUGGGUUGAAGUCACCUUGGGCUUUGCUUGCUUUUCAGGUUGCAGUGCUUUUGUCCACAAAGGCUGUAGAGAAAGUCUGGCCUCCUGUGCAAAGGUCAAAAUGAAGCCCAGAGGGAGCCUUCAGGCACAGGACACAUCUUCGCUGCCCACAGUCAUCAUGAGGAGCAAGCCCUCACAGCCCAAGGAGCGUCCUCGAUCCGCAGUCCUCCUGGCGGAUGAAGCCACUGCCAUUCCCAUGUUUGCCAACAGACGGUCCCAGCAGAGUGUCUCACUCUCCAAAAGCGUCUCCAUACAGAACAUUGCUGGGUAAGUGGGGAUUUAAAGAUUGCACAGUUGACAGCUAGGUGACAAGAGCUUAAUAACCAUAUCAUUUGACAAAGAGAUUCUUCUCAUUGGGAAAAAGUGUAUAAAAUAAUGACUCGGUGCACAACCAAGUGUUGCAGACGUGGAGAAUGGGAAUUACAUUUUGAUGCACUGUCAUGCCCGUCAUUUUGUAGCAAGGAUCCCCUUUAAACACCAUCAUCAACCACGUUGUCCUGUGCUUCAUUCAUGGUCAGCCUCGCUUUUAAGGAACCUGAGUUAAAAAAAGAUGGUUUUUAGAUGAAAAUAAGAAGUGAAAAUGGAGGGGCCGGGGGGGAUGACUUCUUCCUGAUUUUUGUUUGUAACCACUUAUAUUUUCAGAUAUUACACUUUUCUUUUGGUCAGAUGAACCUAGUGUUUCUGCUGCUUUUUAUAAAUCUCUUUCCCGUGCUUGCAUAUUGACUCUUGAGUCAGUUUCAUGGGAGUGAAUAAUGGGCCAGUUACGACCAUUGGGUCCCCACUCACUCAUUUGCACGAAGUUCCUUUUGUGGUCCCUGCAAAAGUUGCUACGGCCCCUGACUGUCAGGCCGCAGCUGUCCCAUGGCUGGCACAGGGCUGAUUAUGAUGUUCCUGGCAGUUCUGGGUAAUAAGUCUUCUGCUUUCCCAUCAAGUAAAGAAGUCAUCUCAAAUGUAGGACUCAAAACAUCUCUUCCACCUCUCUUAACCCUGGGCUGGAACAAAAUUCUUAACUAAAGGAUGCAAAUCUUCUUUUGUCUGUACAUCCUAACCUCUGUGCUGGCUAGUGUUUUCUUAUUAAAGAAAAGUUUCAGGUAUUUUUAUUUUGUUUUGUCUUUGUAUUGUCAUUAUUCAAAGGCCUU